GCCCUUUCUCUGUUCCUCUCCCUGGCAGCAACAGCAGCUUAACAUCCUGCUGUCAUUUCAGGCAGGGGUACAAGUUUACUCAACAAGAACCUUGCCACUGAGGAGACGCCCUUCAAAAUGUCAGAUUCUUUAGUGGUGUGUGAUGUGGACCCAGAGCUUAAGGAGAAGUUAAGAAAAUUUCGAUUUCGGAAGGAAACCAAUAAUGCAGCCAUUCUGAUGAAGAUAGACAAAGAGAAGCAACUGGUGAUUUUAGAAGAAGAAUAUCAGGAUAUUUCUCCUGAUGAACUACAGAAUGAGCUGCCUGAACGGCAACCAAGGUUCUUGGUGUACAGUUAUAAGUAUGUGCAUGAAGAUGGCAGGAUCUCCUAUCCUCUCUGCUUUAUAUUCUCCAGCCCAGUGGGAUGCAAACCAGAGCAGCAGAUGAUGUAUGCAGGUAGUAAAAACAGACUGGUACAAACUGCUGAGCUUACUAAGGUCUUUGAGAUCAGAAACACAAGUGACCUGACAGAAGACUGGCUAAAAGAACGCUUGGCAUUUUUCCGCUGAUGUGAAGCCAUGGCAGACAUUCCUAUUUUUGGAUGGCCUUACACCUGUUAGGUAUUAUACUUAAUAGCCAACAGGUGGAAGCUGUUAUACUUAAUUACAAAAGAGAAUUUCCAUUGCAUGAUAUCCUUUACCAUGUGGGCUCCUUUCCCUCUAAAGCUUGUGAACUAGCCCUAAAACAGUUAACAGCUGAAAAGCUCAUUCAAAAAACUUCCCAUGCAGUGUUUAUGCUUUGAGUUUCAAUUAUACAGUUCUCAUUUCUAAUAGUUCACAGGAACAGGAAAAGCAAGAAGAGAAAGUUGUGUUUUUGUUGGUGAUUGCUGGCAGCUAAUGUUUUGAGAAAAUGAAUUAAAAGGUAGAAAUUCUUGUUUUUUAGUUGUUUCUAUUUUGAGAGGGAUCAGCCCAUCAUAACACACACAUAUCUGUCAACUUACUACACUUUGAAGCUGCUCAUAAACAAACAGAACACAGAUCGUACUCUGUUACUCAUGAAAGGGCAAGGAAAUGUGUCAUUAAACAGUAGUUCACAUACACAAGCAGAGGCGUGUACUGAUUUCCCUCCUAAGCACCCAAGUAUCCCACGGUCGCUCACUGCACAUGUGCAGAGAUGUUAGUGACAUCAAACAGAGCAUUUCGCAUGCAUGGGAAGACAACACCCAGGGUUGACAUCUCUGCACAAUGGUGCUUUAUAAAUACAGGUAUGGUAUCCAUUAUCCGGAAACCUGUUAUUCAGAAAGCUUUGCAUUACAGGAAGGCCAUCUCCCAUAGACUCCUUUUUCAGCAAAUAAUUCAGAUUUUAUAACACUAUUCCCUUUUUCUCUGUCACAGUACCUGGUACUUGAUCCCAACUAAGAGAUCAUCAAUCCCUAUUAAAGGUAAAACAACCCUAUUGGGUUUAAAUCAUGUUUAAAUUUAAAGUUUUUAGUAGCCUUUAGGUAUGGAGAUCCAAAUUACGGAAAGAUCCCUUAAUGGAAAAACCACAGGUCACCACAGGCUCACUUUUCAGGUGCAUUGAGUGUCCUGAUGCUGCAAUAAUUCCACACCACCUCUGCUCCAUUACAUGUAGGAUGUUGUCUGCAAACUUCCUGUCUUUGCACAAUAUUACCUGGCAAGGCAAGAGCAUGCACAGAGCAAUUGUCUGGAUUUUAAAUAUGGCAGAGAGGGGAAGAGAAGAGGGCAAGUGAUUGUAGAUAUGUUGGCUGCAAUGGAAAGAAAUAAUGCUUGAGGAUUGGGUGAUGAGGAUACAUUUCAUUCAUUUAUUUCAGAGUUGUCAACACCGGGAGUUGUUUUCCCGGGGAAUCGUUGGGCUGCUAACCGGAAGUUUUGUGUGUUGAUGGAAGUGACGUCAUGUACAAUGCUCCAUAUAAUGUCGCUAACGUUCCCUGCACAUGCGCAGUGAGGGACCGGGGGAAUUUAAAUCAUAUUGGGAGACCAGGGAGGGGAAACAUUUUCUGAAAAUUUUUAGGAGGGUUGACACCUCUGUUAUUUAUUUGAAACAGUCACCCAUUGCAAGGGCUAAACUACACAGGAGAUUUUGUAGAAUGGUGUCUAAUUGACAGAUCACAUCCUACAAGUCAGAUGUAGUUGUAUGGGUCAAAAUAUAAUGGGGCUGAUAGAAAAAUCUGAUGUGUAAACUACAUGGAAGCUUUGCUAUCUGAUGCGACACGUCUGUUGGAAGGGAGGGCUGCAUGCUGUGUCUGCAUCCGACAAGAUAAAAUCUCAUGGUGUAUGAAAGACUUUUUUCUCUCAUUGAAAUACAUUAACAGAUGUACAUACAUGGACAGAUGUAGAAGGAAUCUCUUUCUUAUCCGACUUGCAUUAUAUAGUUUUACCACCCAGUCACAUUUAAAGCACAUUGCUACUGUGGGUUUAAAGGGGUUAGUCACCUUUAUGUUAACUUUUAGGAUAUUAAAGAAUGGCUGAUUCUAAGCAA